UAACAUUAGCAAUCUAGUUGGGUAACGUUAACGUUAGCAAUCUCUCGCAUGCUUAGUUAAUGCCAGGCCAGCGCACUAUCGUUAACUUAGCGACUAAGUUAGCUAGCGAGUAUCUACGUAGCUUGUAUCUAACGUUAGCUAGUUUAAAACAACAACAGCUAGAAAAGUGUAUUACAAUGGCUAAAUACUAAUUCGACUGCUGUCUUCAGUAGCUAGCGAAAGUUAGCUAAUAAUGCAACGUAGACAAUUUGUUGCUUCUGUAACAUUGCUCGAUAUAUUGCUUUUAUCUUUAGCAGAAGUUGUAAGUUACCUGCUAAUGUUAGGUGAUUAGCUUGGUAUGGUAUUGGCCAACGUUAGUGUGGAUAUUUAUGAAUUACGGUAAUCUUGCUGUCAUGACUUAGUCAUGGAGUGUUUUUUAACUGUCACCUUAAUUUAUAAAAUAUGUGCUAGUUUGCUACAUAACUAGCAGCUGCAUAAUUAUGAAGAGCUUUGCCUUCAGAGAAUCAAGAGAUUAUAUUAUGUUUUAGUAGCCAGUAACGUUAGCUGGCAAGCUGUAAAACACAAUUAGACGUUUUUGUGGCACAAUCAGCUUGCUAGCUUACCUAGUCUAACAAUGUAUACCUCAGGCCCACAAUCGAAACGAAAGUUCUACAUGGGACAGCACCAGGUCAUCAAGAGAAAAAGCCCUCCAGUUGGUGUUGAACCUGAGACACCACGAUGUUCACGGCGCCUUCAGCAACCAGAUUGCAAAAGUGCGCGCAUAAGCCAUAUAGAAAUGGUUAACAAGCCAAGAGAAAAACAGGAGUGGACCGGAGACUCCAUUCUGGCUCUGGAUGAGGAUAUAUUACAAGCACUGGAUGCCCACAGUGCUGCGGAUGACCUACAGAAGAAGAGACUGAAUGCAGUGGUGACAACCAGACCCCAGGAAAAUCCCCUCACAGGGUCCACAUCUAACAGGGUGGUCCCAGAAAAGGGGCCUGAAUUUACCAAAAUCAAAUCUAAAAGCUCUCAGCAGUCGCAUGUUCUGGGCGCUGGGGAAACGAGACGUUCAAACGCGAGAGCAGUUCCCGUUUUACCAGAACUAGAAACUUCAAAGACCCACUCGAGGACAUCGAGAGAUUGCACGGAUUUAGCCAAAAAGCUUUUGUUCAGCGAAGAUGGCAGGAGCGCCAAGAGCUGUCAGGGGCAGAGACGGGCAGCUUGUGAAAACAGUCCCCGAAAAGCCAAGCACAAACGACAAAGGGCCAGCCCGGAUUAUGGGGAUUCAUCUGGUGCAGCGUCUCAGAAGAGAGCUCUGGUGGAAAAGAGCACUGCUUCAGUGGGGUCUCGUUUUGAGGCUGCCAACUCUGGUGAUGGUGCCAGCCCACAGCAGACUCGCUCUCCCCUGGAUGCCUCUGGUGACUACAUCCUCUUCAGCCCAACCCGUAUGGCUGCAGCUUUGGAGAGGAAGAGGAGGUUCCACCAGCAGAGCAUUGUGGGAAACGCCUCCUCCUCUGUGUUGACUCCGCCACCUGGGCUGAACCUCAGCACACUAGGGGACACACCUGGUGAGCCAGGACACAGUGUUCACAUGGCUGUUCCUGCCGAUCAGUCUGACAAGCUUCUACUGUCUAACUGGGGUCUCCCUAAGGCCGUCCUUGAGAGGUAUCAGAGUCUCGGGGUGGUGCAGAUGUUCGAGUGGCAGGCCGAGUGUCUCACCCUGGGAAAAGUUUUGGAGGGAAAGAACUUGGUCUAUUCGGCUCCUACCAGCGCCGGUAAGACAUUAGUCUCAGAGUUAUUGAUUCUGAAGAGAGUCCUGGAGACCAGACGAAAGGCCAUGUUCAUUCUCCCAUUUGUGUCCGUGGCAAAAGAGAAGAUGUUUUACCUCCAGAACGUAUUCCAGGAGGUGGGAAUACGGGUAGAGGGGUACAUGGGCAGCACUUCAGCGGCCGGUGGGUUCACAUCACUGGACGUGGCUGUUUGCACCAUAGAGAAAGCCAACGGGCUUAUCAACAGGCUGAUCGAGGAAAACAGGAUGGACCUGCUAGGAAUUGUUGUGGUGGACGAGCUGCACAUGCUGGGAGACUCCGGGCGAGGAUAUCUGCUGGAGCUUCUCCUGACCAAGAUCCGCUACGUAACACAGAGAGCCGCCAGGACUUCCUCAAACGGUGGGCCCAGCCUCAGUGAGGGCGGGGUCACGGGUGAAGCCAACUUCAGCGCGGGUGUUCAGAUCGUGGGCAUGAGCGCCACGCUGCCCAACCUGGGCCUGCUGGCGGGCUGGCUGAACGCCGAGCUGUACCACACGGACUACCGGCCCGUUCCCUUAGAGGAGAGGCUCAAGAUCGGCACCAGCAUGUACGACGGCUCCAUGGAUGUGGUCAACGUGUUCAGACCUGCCCUGCAAGUCAAGGGUGAUGACGAUCACAUUGUCAGUCUCUGUUUUGAGACCAUCCAGGGCGGCCAUUCCGUGCUUAUCUUCUGUCCCUCCAAGAACUGGUGUGAGAAGCUGGCAGAUAGCAUCGCCCGGGAGUUUUACAACCUCCAGCACAGAGCUCUGCAAGCUGCCCGAGAAGGACAGAAGGCUGUUGAGCCCUCUCCAGUGGCCCUUGAUCAGGAGGGGCUGCAGGACGUGGUGUCGCAACUGAAGCAUUCCCCUGCUGGACUGGACCAGGUUCUGCAGCGCACUGUUCCCUGGGGCGUGGCCUUCCACCACGCAGGUUUGACAUUUGACGAGCGGGACAUCCUGGAGGGCGCGUUUCGGCAGGGUCAGGUGAGGGUCCUGGCCGCCACCUCCACCCUGUCGUCUGGAGUGAACCUCCCCGCCCGCCGUGUCAUCAUACGCACGCCCAUCUUCAACGGACGUCUGCUGGACAUCCUCUCCUACAAGCAGAUGUCUGGGAGAGCGGGGCGAAAAGGGGUGGACACCAUGGGGGAGAGCAUCCUGGUGUGUAAGGAAUCGGAGCGUCUGCAGGGGGUUAGCCUGAUCCAGGGAUCCCUCAAACCAAUCAGCAGCUGCCUGGUCAAGAAGGAAGGGGAGGGGCUAACCACCAGCAUGAUCAGGGCUAUCCUGGAGAUCAUUGUUGGGGGCGUGGCCAGCACCCCGGAGGACGUACGGACAUACGCCUCCUGCACCUUACUGGCAGCCAGCAUGUCCAAUGGGCAUGGCGAUCCGGGGGGAGGAGCCAUCGAGGCCUGCGUUGAUUGGCUGAUGGAGAAUGAGUUCAUCCAGAUCCUGGUGGAAGGUGACGGGGAGCAGAAGACUGAACGGUACUGCCCCACGCACCUGGGCACGGCCACCCUGUCUUCCUCCCUCUCCCCGCCUGAGGCGCUGGGAAUAUUUGCUGAUCUCCAGAGGGCAAUGAAGGGCUUCGUUCUGGAGAAUGACCUCCACAUCCUCUACCAGAUAACCCCUGUGUACGCGGAGUGGACAACGAUAGACUGGUAUCAGUUUUUCUGCAUGUGGGAGAACCUGCCUUCCUCUAUGAAGCGUGUGGCUGAGAUGGUGGGAAUUCAGGAGGGCUUCCUAGCCCGCUCCGUUGGAGGGAAAAUUGUUGCCAAAACCGAGAAACAGCGCAGGCAGAUGGCUAUACACAAACGGUUUUUCACCACCCUGGUGCUGCUCGACCUCAUCAGCGAGGUUCCCCUGGCAACCGUUGCCAAGAAGUAUGGCUGCAGCCGGGGACAGCUUCAGUCUCUCCAGCAGUCUGCCUCCACCUACGCAGGCAUGGUGACGGUGUUUUGUAACCGUUUGGGUUGGCACAACCUGGAGCUGCUGCUGUCCCAGUUCCAGAGCCGGCUGAGUUUCGGGGUGCAGAGGGAACUGUGCGACCUGGUGCGGGUGUCGCUCCUCAACGCCCAGCGCGCCCGGGCGCUCUACGGGGCGGGCUUCCUCACCGUGUCCGACCUGGCCCACGCCAGCCCCACCAUAGUGGAGAAGACCCUGAAGAAAGCUGUCCCCUUUAAGAGUUCUCGGCAGGCAGCUGAUGAGAGCGAACAGGAGGCGCAGGAGCGUCGAGGCACACGCUGUAUCUGGGCCAGUGGGAAGCAGGGCCUGACGGAGAAGGAGGCAGCACUGCAGAUCGUUGCUGAGGCCCAGCUACUGCUGCAGCAAGACCUGGCCCUCCUCGGGGUCCAGUGGAACCCAGAAUCCCUCCUCCAGAAGCCCCCAGACCCCCCUCCAUCUGCCACCAAACACGCACGAGACCUACCGUCCCUGCCGUACCCUGCCCGGUUGCGGAAGGCGAACACUGAGGGCCCUGCCCAACAAGCUCAGAGGGACUCUGUGGCGGGAGAGUGGAAUGACUUAAGUGAUGGAAAGAGCAACAUUGGAGAUGAGGAAAAAGGUGUGACCGUGGCAAACAAUUUAUCUUGCGACACAGGCAGGUUUUCUGCCCCUCAUCAAAGUUCACAACCUUCUGUGGCAAUGUCAGAGGAACCUCCCACCAAGGAUUUACUGAGGGCAGUGGUUAUAGACCCACUGAAUCAGUCUGCUGGUCUAGGAAGGGGCAAGCGCGAUAUUCAGACCGUCACAUUGAGCAAAGUCCUAAAGUCCAUAAACUCAGAGAAAAAUAUGGCAGAUGAAGCCACAGUGGAGCUAUCCUCCAAGCUUCCUACUGAACCCUGUGUGCUUGACCCCUCUUCUCCCAGGACAGAGUGCAUUCUUGGGUCAGAGGACGACCCUCACGGUAAGCAACCUCUGACUCCUUUAUCCAAGCGCAGGAAGGUGGAUGGCCAUACGACCAUGGUGGUUGCACCCGAGGAAGCAGCCCAACUUUGUACAGUCAGUGGAGGUGGAGUGGAGGUGGCUGAAAGGCAUCCACUUGUCCACAUGUCAUUCUCCUCAUCAUCUCGUUCCUUUACGGAUUGUGGACCUAAAGUCAGGCCCAACAGGGAAACAACAAAUGCAGCUAAUUCUGGGCGUGAGCUGAAGUGCUCAGCGGAUGAUUCUCUGGCAUGUGUGAGUGAAUUCCCAUCUCUUGUUCUGAGGAAACGCUGGCAGAAAUCAAAGCACUGCGAUGCAGGGAACAGCUGUGGGGCCACGUUACUGGAGGCACAAAGCAGAGCUUCGCAGCUCCUUGUCCCACUGUCCCACUUUGAUGAUGAAGUGGGUUCGCGGGGGCUACAACAUCUCCGAAAUCUGGGAAAGCAGAGCUCACUUUGCAUCCCGGAACAGAGGUGCAGGGCUGGGGCUGGGGAGGGCAGUGCAGAUGAGACAGAAAAGUGUGAGUCCCCCGAUCUAUACACAAGUGGGCCGGAGGAGGUGUUUGGGGACAGCUUUCAGUUGGACACUCAGACCGAGGAGAUGAUGAUACAGCUUCACAAGGCUCCAGUAGUGUUGCAAGAUGACCAUGGUUCAAAGCCAGGAAUCAAGGAGUCAAGGAGAACACGUCAAAGUCCAGGGGAAGAGUUUUCGACUGAGGACAAUCAGACCGGAUCAGAUUUGUGUCAGAGAGUGUUAAUGGAUGAUUAUUCUCACGAACAGGUAGUGGGCGGUGACUCACCUGCCAAAGCUCCACCCAGAUGCAACAUCUCCCUCACCGACAGCCAGAUGGAGGACAUCCUAGCCUACAGCACUCCUGAAUGUGAGGAGGCUUUGCAUGUUGUUAAAACAAGCAUUUUGUCAGGUGGAAAUCAUUCCCUGUCAAAUGCCAACAGGGACUCAGCUGAGAAUGCUGCUGAAAGCAGCAUCAACAGAAGCAGUAGUUUCCUGUUUGACAGUUUGAAUGAGGACCUCCUUUUGGACAGCCCAACAGAGGGCAGGCCAUUGGAGGAGGCUGGAGGUGGGGCCAAAGACGUGGACACCAACCAGCUUCCCUCUGCACAGGCACAGCAAAUAGAAGACGAAAAGCCAGAGAAUGACCCUGAGGCCAUCCAAUGGGGUGAAUCCUCCUUCAACCUGUCAGAGUGGGGCGAUUCAUUGCAGAUUGGGGAGCCCUAUCUGAACAGGCUGACCGCUGUUCUAAGAUCAGUGAACGGUGAGCUGCCGCUGAUGCCGUCCAGAGUACCACAAUGCCUGUCCAAUGGCACACAUGCCUCUGGCACUGUGAGACCCAUUAAGCAUGCUAACAACAUACAGGAUCCAGGUGUUUCUACUGAGCGAAAAGUAUCAGAAGGCUCAUUCCACCUGAGCCCAGGAAUGCAGGAUAUUCUGGACCAGUGGCCCAGCAUGUAUGGAAGAUUUUCAACUUCCCUCGACACUCCUGUAGACGUUGAAAUGGAUCAAAAUGCCCCGGAACAGAUGACCACAAUCAAACAGAGGAGCUUGGAGAUCAGUUUAGGGAGUGACUCCGGGACAGAAGAUGUAAGGGGAGGCCAAUCUGAAUCUCCGUGUUCGGUCGAGGAACUAGAAUCUGGGCCUCGAGUCCACAAUGACCUUGUUCCUCCAACGCCUGAGCCAGUCACUCCCAGAAUCAAAAUGACCAUGACCAUUUCAUCAGCACAGUCGUCACCAGUCACCCCUCGUCUCCUGGGAAACACAGUGGCCAUGGCAACGGCCCAAGUCCCAUCCCCUCCUGCCUUGUCGGACCCAGACCCCAACCCGGACACAUCCCUGAUCAAGGAAGGCUUCUCACUCCAGCUGUCCCAGGACCCCCCCCUGACUGCCACUUCCCUUCCUAGCAGCCCCGAGGGCUUUGCCAUCAUUGAUGUGGCUUGUAAUCACCAUCUCUUCAACACGUUCAUCCAGGAGUGGAAGACCAAGAGUCGCUUCUCCGUUGCCCUGGCUUGUGAGAAGAAGGAACGCAUACAGUCUCCCAGAUCAGCCAUUGGUGGAAAGUUUCGACAAGGUAAUGCUCAUGUAAAAAACGUGGAAAACAAAGAAAGCAUAGAUGGGUUUCCUGUGAAAGGAAACCAGGUCCUGAUUCUGACUGGGUUGUCUGUGUGCUGGGGAGGGAAAGAUGCUUAUUACAUCUCACUGCUGCGAGACCAGCCAAUCACAGACGUCAGUGCGAGCUUAGCCCCUCCCCCUCUUGAUGAGAGCCUAUCGGUGGGAGAGAGGCUGAAGCAAGUCCAGGCCUGCCUCAGGAGACGCAAUCUUUCACCAGAAGGAGCUGUGAUUACAUACAACUUGAUUCAGUUGUACAAGACUCUACUAUUGGCAUGUGGUCUGUCACUAGAGGGUAACUUUGAAGACCCUAAGGUGGCUUGCUGGCUGCUGGAUCCCGGGUCCAAGGAGCGCACACUCCACAACAUGGUGACCAACUUCAGCCCCACAGAGCUCCCCCUGCUGGUGGGCAUCAGCCCCGGGCAGGGUGUUCAGAGCCUGGGGAUGGGCGGGGACAGCAGCCACACGGGGCGCUAUCGAGCCGCCAUCGAAUCCGUGCUCGUCUUCAGCACCAUGGGUCAGCUCGCCAGCCUCCUGGAGAAAGACGGCAUGCUAGGUGUGUUCCAUCAGGUGGAGAUGCCUGCCCUGUACUGCUUGGCUCUCCUGGAGCUGAAUGGAGUGGGGUUCAGCACAGCGGAGUGUGACGCUCAGAAGCACGUCAUGCAGGCCAAACUCCGAACUCUGGAGUCCCAGGCCUACCAGCUCGCUGGCCACGCCUUCUCCCUCACCCGCCCUGAGGACAUCGCCGAGGUACUAUUUUUGGAGCUCAGGUUGCCACCAAAUGGAGACUUGAACGGGCUGAAGAACAAGAAAACUCUGGGUUAUGCCAGAAGAACUGGUGCUGGAACGCGGGUCAGGCUGUCCAAGCAGUUCAGCACCACAAAGGAUGUGCUGGAGAAGCUGAAACCACUACAUCCAUUACCGGGGGUGAUCUUGGAGUGGAGGCGAAUCACCAAUGCUAUGACCAAGGUGGUGUUUCCCCUGCAGCGUGAGAAGUGCUGGCUCCCUCUUCUGGACAUGGAGAGAAUAUACCCAAUCUCGCAGACGCACACUGCCACAGGAAGGGUAAGCUUUACGGAGCCCAACAUUCAGAACGUGCCAAAGGAUUUUGAGAUUCAGAUGCCUACUCUCAUAGGGGAAAGCCCCCCGUCCCAGGAAAGGGACAAGGCUGUCCUCACUAAGCCAGGAAGGAGAAGAUCAAAGAUCCACCGAGAGCUGGCCUUACUGGUCAAAGCACCCGAGGGAUCACCAGAGAAAGAAAUGCCGUUUUCCGUCAGCAUGCGGCAUGCUUUCGUGCCUUUCCCAGGGGGGCUUGUCCUGGCGGCCGACUACUCGCAGCUUGAGCUGCGGAUCCUGGCCCACCUCUCCCGCGACCGGCGCCUCCUGCAGGCGCUAAAUAGCGGGGCAGACGUCUUCCGCAGCAUCGCGGCCGAGUGGCGGAUGAUCGAACCUGAAGCUGUGGACGACAGCUUGCGGCAGCAGGCCAAGCAGAUUUGUUACGGAAUAAUCUACGGAAUGGGAGCAAAGUCACUCGGAGAGCAGAUGGGCAUCGAGGAGAACGACGCUGCCUGUUAUAUUGAAACAUUCAAAUCCAGAUACACAGGCAUACAUGCCUUCCUGAAGGAAACCGUGAAGAACUGUGCCAAAAAUGGCUAUGUCCAGACCAUCCUUGGGAGAAAGAGAUUCCUACCAGCCAUUAAGGACAAAAAUGUGUACCAAAAAUCUCACGCAGAGCGACAGGCGGUGAACACCACUGUUCACGGCUCUGCUGCUGACAUUGUAAAGUCUGCCACCGUGGGGAUCCAGCGGUGCCUGGAGCAGACCUUCCCCACCGUACCGCGGUCACACGGUCACGCAUCUGCCAGAGCCGUGAACCACCGACAGAGAGGCCUCUCUCGGCCAUGUAGAGGGGCCUUCUUCAUACUGCAGCUGCACGAUGAGCUAAUCUACGAGGUGGCCGAGGAGGAUGUCAUCCAGGUGGCUCAGAUGGUGAAGAAAGAAAUGGAAUCAGUGAUGAAGCUUUAUGUGAAGCUUCGAGCAAAGAUCAGAGUGGGACCUAGCUGGGGAGAUCUUCAAGACUUGGACAUUUAGACACACAGAUGUGUACAUGUGAACUUUGGGUUGCUGCAAGUUGACUGAUCAGUAUUGGUUAUGUGCAUGAAGCCAUGAAGGGGGAUUUCUCUAGACUGAUUCAGGAGGAAGCUGUGUUUGGGUGCAUUGUGCACAAGCACAUCUAUUGGUGUGUGUGUGUGUGUGUGUGUGUGUGUGUGUGUGUGUGUGUGUGUGUGUGUGUGUGUGUGUGUGUGUGUGUGUGUGUGUGUGUGUGUGUGUGUGUGUGUGUGUGUGUGUGUGUGUGUGUGUGUGUGUGUGUGUGUUAGACAUGUACAGAAACCUGACAUGAAUUAUUUUUGCCAACCUUGCUAUGUACUUGAACACAUUACUUAAUACUUAAUAACACUCUUAAUAUUGUGAUAAGAUGCACUUUUUUAAAGUAUAUAUUUUUAAUGACUUUCCUUUAUGUCUAUACCAGGGAAAUAACUUUGUAAAACAAUAUAUUUGGCUGAUAAUAUUGUUUCACUGUUCUUUUGCAUUGACAGACUUGUAUAGUGUUGUUAAGGAACGCAAAGCAAGUGUGAAAUGUAUUUUACAGUUGUUUAAUAUUUCUCAAAGAGAAUGACAUCUGAAAUAAAAAAUAUUACUUCAUGUCCUCCCUCAUUUUAAAUGUU